AUGGCUGCCAAGCAGGACAAGACGCCCGACUUUACCCUCUCCGACUAUCUGAAAUUCUUCAGUGCCGGCGCGCUGGCCGCGACCUUGACCCAUGGCGCCGCCACGCCCAUCGACGUCGUCAAGACGCGGAUCCAGGUCGACGACUCCCUCAAGGGCUACAACAUGAUCCGCGCCGCCCGCACCAUUGUCGCCAAGGAGGGCGCCUCGGCCCUCCUCACCGGCUUCGGCCCCACCGCCGUCGGCUACCUCGUGCAAGGCGGCGGGAAAUUCGCCGGCUACGAGUUUUUCAAGAAAAAGUACAUUGACCUCGCCGGCGGGCCCGAACGCGCCGUCCCCCACCGCACCGCCGUCUACCUCGGCGCCAGCGCCACCGCCGAGUUUUUUGCCGACAUUGCCCUCUGCCCGCUCGAGGCCACCCGCAUCCGCCUCGUCUCGCAGCGCGGCUACGCCAGCGGCCUGACCUCGGGCUUUAUGCGCAUGGCCCGCGAGGAAGGGCUUCGCGGCUUCUACUCGGGCUUUAUCCCGCUGCUCUUCAAGCAGGUGCCCUACGCCGUCGGCCAGUUCACCGUCCACGAGGCCGUCAACGAGGUCAUUUACCGCGCCAUUGGCACCGAGCGCAAGGCCGCCCUCACCCAGCUGCAAAACACGGGCAUCGAGCUCACCUCGGGCAUCGCCGCCGGUGUCGCCGCCGCCGUCCUGUCCCACCCGGCCGACACCCUGCUCUCCGCCAUCAACAAGGGCGCCGGCGAUCCCAAGCAGGGCGCCACCAGCCGCAUGUUCCAGCUCGCCCGCGAGUUUGGGCCCGUGAGGCUGCUCACCAGUGGUCUGGCGCCUCGUGUCGUCAUGACCUGUGGUCUGGUCUCUGGCCAGUUUGUCAUUUAUGCUCAAUGCAAGGCUCUAACGGGCGCACCGCCCGGUAUCGAGAUUCACAAGGAAGCGUCGCUUUAA